AGGUUUACGCCAUGAGCGCCGCAUAAAGUUUGGAGAUUUCUCAUCUGGGGAAAUUUCCCCACGAGCGUGGAAAUGUCCCCCACAAUUGCAUGGUAAUUUCUCCAGUUUUACUCCAGGAUCACGCCAGGAUUUGACCCAAACUAACGAGGAACGUGCAUGUCUAUUGGACCGCCACGUCUAGACAGAUGAAAAUAACAAAGGCGAUUGGUGCAUUUAUUAUCUCAGUCAUUUCCGUGUGGAGGUCCUGGUGUCGGUGAGAAAGAUCCUACGGCGCAGCACUCCGUGUUAUAGUUGUCGAAAUCCCAUGGGGAAAGUUUUAGUACAUGUACAUUUCAAACCCUUGAUCAACGUUACACUUGAUUAUCGGUUAUAUCUUGCCUUUUUUUAUACAUUUGUACCUGCUUUCUUCAUAUCACCAGCAGAGGAAGCCAAUUGAUUGACUGAGGAUAACCUCGAUUCAAUUGUGUCCUUCACCUCAUCACAAAAGAUUUCAAUCAGUAUUGUCGAUAAGAAAUCCGAAAAACAAAACACAAAUAUGUUUAACACCACCAAUAAGAGAUGGUACAAUUGGUUAGUAUCAUCCCAUAAUCAUCAAAUUUCGACUCGAAAUUAAAAUCUAAUUUCUCUUUAGGUACAUAUCUAUGGUGGCAGCAGCAUGUAUGGUAUUAUACGGUUAUGAUGCAUCUGUUUUCAACGCAUGUCAAAAUUCGAAACAUUGGGUUGCAUACUUCAAUAAACCAGUGAGAAGCAUAAAUAUUCUCGUCGCCAAAAGACAAAUGCUAACAUCAAUCAGAGUACAUACAAAAUUGGUCUCGUAAACACAUCUUACAACAUCGGUGGCAUCGUGUCAGGAUUCUUCUUCGGUGGACCAAUCGUACGUGAACUAUCUCCCAGAUAUGAUUCGACGAGUCUGGUUAUAUGCUAAUAACACUCUAGGCUGAUCGACUCGGACGAAGAUGGGGAAUGGGAAUCGGUUGUUUGUUAACUAUUAUCGCAACUUUCGUGCAGUGUUUCGCUCCCAGAGGAGAUCUUAAUGCUUUUAUUGGUGGUCGUGUGAUUAUUGGUUUGGGACAGGGAAUUGCUUUGAGUUCGUAUUGUCCUGUUUUGAUAUGUUUUUGACGUGUGGUUCUGAUAUUUGUUUAGCUGCUGGUCCUGUUUACAUUGGUGAACUUGCACCGCCAGAGAUUCGCGGUAAAAUCAUGGGAUUCUGGCAAUUGUUCUACUCAGUCGGUUCGUUCAUCGCCUACUGGAUUGCCUUUGCCACUGGAAAACACACUGCCGCCCUCGGAGAAUGGGAUUGGAAAACAAUUGUCAUUUUCCAAAUGUUGGUUCCAAUCAUCAUCUGUAUUCUUCUCCCCUUCAUUCCAGAAACGCCUCGUUGGUACAUUCGAAAUGGAAACAUUGAAGGAGCCCGUAAAUCCCUCCUCCUCGUCCGCGACACCGAACAAGAGGUCGAAGAUGAACUUCUCCAAAUUAGAGAAGCGCUUGAAUAUGAAAAGGAACAAAAUUCUACUGGUUCUUACAAAGCAUUAUGGAUGGAUAAAUCAGUUCGAAAAAGAAUGUGGAUUGCUUUUAUAAUUAACGGAGGUCAACAACUCACUGGUCAAGGAAGUCUUAACAGUUAUUCUUCGGCUAUCUAUAAGGGUAUCUACAAAAAUACUGAAACGAUCAAUCUCAUUAACGCUAUCAACGGUACCUGUGGUAUUCUCUUUACUCUCAACGCCGUCUGGACCGUUGAUCGCUACGGACGUAAAUUUCUCUUCAUCAUCGGCGGUUUCGGUAUGGCUCUUUGCAUGAUCGCUUUCGCUUCGGUGGGUAUUGCGACACCUAACGAGUAUUAUCUUAACGGAACGACGAGGACUCUUACGAAAGAUCAACCAGUUGGUAUUGCUCUUACGUUCCUGUUAUUCUUGUUCAUCUUCUUUUAUAAACCUACAUGGGGAGCGACAACUUGGAUUUGGACAUCGGAAAUCUUUAGUAUGAAUGUGAGAGCUCAGGCAGUGGGUAUGUGUAGUCAGUGGCAGAAUGUUUCGAAUUUGAUUUUUAAUCAAUUCUUCCCUGUUUUCUUGGCAAAAUCCAGUUUGUAAGUCUUUCCCUUCCUAUCCCCUCGAGCUCAUCACCCCACCCCCUCACUCUCCCUACCUCCAUAUCGCACCUUACUAACAUCCUCCCUCCACAGCUACACAUUCUACUUCUUCGGCGGCCUCAACUGUCUCCUCGCCCUCUUCGUCAUCUUCGUCGUCCCCGAAACCCGCAACAUCAUGCUCGAGGAAAUGGACGUCCUUUUCGGUGGCGUAAAUCAUGUAGAGAAAGGAGGUGCGCGUUUAGAUCUUGAGAACACGAAUGCAAAUGUGCAUGUACAGCAUGUGGAGAGUUUGGCGGGUAAGGGUGAGGGUGAGGGGAUUAGAGAGGUGGGGGUGGAGAAUGUGGUUAUGGGGGAGAAGGUUUAGGGGUUUAUAUCGGGAUGGGGGUUGGGUUUAGGAUAGGGGGAAUGGGUUGGCUUGGGUGGCUUGGCUUGGCUUGGCUUCAUGGGUUAUGCUUUGGGUAUCGGGUUUGAUAUCUACUGAAUGAAAUGAUACCUCUAUAUAUA